GUCCUCGCCUUUUCUUUCCUUUCGUGUAGUACCGAGCAAGACAAAGCUCUCGGCACAAAACCCCCAAACCCCCCAAGGCGCCCCACCCCCACACGCAUCGCACACCACCCAUCCAACCCAUCCCCAUCGCAGAGCCCACGCGCCCGGGACCCGAGCAGCCAUGGCGAAAGGAGCAGCCGGAGGAGGAGGGGGAGGGGGCGCCGUGAAGACGGCCCUGGUCGUCACCGGCGGCCUCGUCCUCGCCUGGCUCACCGUCGAGUCCGCCUUCAAGCCCUUCCUCGACCGCCUCCGCGGCGCCGUCUCCCGCUCCACCGACCCCGCCCGCGACCCCGACGAGGACACCGCCGCCCCCGCCCCCGCCCCCGAGGAGGACAAGUCGCCCGCCACCGCCGCCGUCGCCGCCGCUGUCGCCUCCGCCGUCGCCGAGGAGAAGGACCCCGCCGUCGCCGCGGCCGAGCCGUCCGCGCCCCCGCUCCCGGCCGAGGCCUCGGUGGAGAGCGAGGAGAAGGGAGCGGACAGGGAGGUCGAGCUGGGCGAGAAGGGGGAGGCGGCCGUGGCCGCCAAGGCCGAGUGAAGACGGCGGUUCUCGCCUCGCCUGGUUCCACUUCUGAAUCGUACGCUGUGAAUCUAUUCUACGCGUUUGGAGGUUGUGAUGGAUGAUGCAAUGUUUUGAACUCUGUUAUCGGUAUCUGCACCUUUAGGGCCCGUCUUAAGAUUAAGGCUUACCCUGGGUUAGUUUCUGACAUUUUGCAUUCAGUACUUGAUGUCAUGAUAUACAUCUGUGUGGAUGGUUUAAUUUACCAUGGAAACUGCUUGCUUAUCCUGUGGACAGGAAACUUAUUGUCA